GAUCGAAUCGCGUUUCGUACUGUUUCGUACUGUCUGGCACUGUCUGGUACUGUCCGGGCCAGUCCGGGCUAGUCCGGUCUGUCAGUUUGCGUGUUUUGCAUAGUUUUGCGUCGUGACGUUGAGUCCAGCGAUCGUUUCCUGACGUUUAGACAUUUAUCGUUGCAAUAUGUCGUUUUUAGGAGUAGCGAAACAUUCGUAUAACGUCGAGUCUGAAAUUUCUGGUGUUACCGCGGCGUUGAUCGUGUUCUAGGGGUCCGAGUAGUCCUCGGAACUCUCAGACGUUUUGAAGGUUAUAUACGCCAAUUAUAGUACUCCAGUUUAAUAAUAAACUGACAAUUAUAUCGAAGUGGCAAAGGAUUCUUUUUUGUAUCGUCGAUACUCCGCCUCUACUUCGAUUCAGAAUUAUUCCAGUCGAUUUGUGAUUUUUAAACGUCAAACUGGACCGUCACGCUAGAAAAAAACGUCAAGAAGUUGACAUGUGGAUCAGCAAUAAUGAAGCAAUUAAUUCACACAACACGAUAUUCAAUUAUCUCAUAGAAGAGUGCAAGUGCUUAGCACCUGGUGCCCGACUGUCUUAUAAAUUAAGAAAUCGCUUGGAAAAGUUCAAAGUAGACACUCGUAAGCAAAUCGUGUCCAGAACAAAGGAUGGGUGUGCGCCACUGUUUAUAGCAUGUAAAAGGGGCCAGGUUGAAAUCGUAGAGUAUCUCAUCACGGUGUGCCAUGCGGACAUCGAACAACGUGGGAUGUACGAGGUGCCGGAUGACAGAUCGGUACACUUUGCUACGCCGCUGUGGUGUGCCGCGGUAUCUCGCCAGUUAGCCGUCCUAAAAUGUUUGAUAGACCACGGAGCCGACGUGAACGCAGUGUCGGAUUCUGGCUCCACGCCUGUCAGAUCGGCAUGUUUUAUGACCUACUUGGACAUUGUCUCGUUUCUCGUGCACAAUGGUGCUGACAUUAUGAAGGCCAAUUACAACGGCGGUUCAUGCCUCAUAAAUUCCGUGCAGAGCGUGGAAUUGUGCACUUUCAUUCUGAAUCACGGUGCUGACGUGAAUGCGAGCGAUAUCCAAAAUAAAACUGCUUUGCAUUACGCCAUUCAAGAACACAGGUUUCAAACUAUGAAACUCCUACUGGAGCACAACGCCGAUCCGUACCUGAAGUCCCGGUAUAAUGACGACGCUCUACAAACUGCUUGCAUCAAAGGCGGCGUACUCGCUUUUCAAUAUCUGGUGGAACACGCGUCGUAUACUCCGGAGCGGCUUGCCGAUGCCAAUGAACUAAUGGGGUCAACUUAUUUCGACGAGUUCAAUGACACUCACACGGCCUUGAAAUAUUGGCGAACCGCCCUUGACAUCAGAUGCUCUAACACGAUCGAUGGCAAGCCCCUACCAAAGAGACCCGUGAUGCCUAAGAGGGAGUAUCUCCAAAACGCCACGGAAAUUACCACUCUGACCGAGCUUAACGCCAUAGCUCUCGACGUGGAUGCGAUGAGGAUCCAGAGCCUGUUGAUUUGCGAAAGGAUUUUGGGGCCGCAUCAUAAGGAUACCCUAUUCAGACUUAUGUUUCGAGGGGCGGCGUAUGCCGAUGCUCUAAGAUACCAGCGCUGCAUAGACCUAUGGAGAAGGGUACUAAAGAUCCGCAUGGAGAAGGACUCGAUUUUGUUCACCGAAACUUGCUUCACCGCCCAAGCUCUCGUACGUCUCAUGAUCGACCUGGAUACGAAAGUCCUGGAAUUGGUGAGGGACCGUAACGCGCAUUGUAGCGAACCCAGGUUUUGCGACGUCGUCGCGGUGUUUAAGUUGCUCACGUCUCAGUUGAUGGAAGCAGGAGAAUUAUUUCAAAUACGUCCAGUUUACAAGAGACAGCAGGAUAAUUAUGACUGCAUUUUAAAAUGCAUCACGCAUUUGAUUUACCUACUGACGAGAACCGCCCAAUCCCCGGAAGAGAAGGCCGAAAUGGGCCAAUUGGUUUACGAAUUGGUUAGACAAAAUCCGAGAUCGGCCUCCUCGGGAGAUACUCUUCUUCAUUUCGCGAUAUCCGGGAUGAACACCAUCCACGGCGAGGACUUUGGUAGCGGGGACGUUCAGUAUAUUUUCCCUCACUUCGACGUGACGAAGCUGCUCCUGGAGUGUGGGGCUCACGUGAAUGCCAGGAACGACGCGAAGUCUACUCCACUGCACGUUGCCAGUGACUUUCGUAAUUUCCGGAAACCCUUGGUGCAGUUGCUGCUGGACCAUGGUGCUCACUUGGACACUCCGAACAAGGCAGGGGACACUCCGAUUCUUCUGCUCUCGUCAAAUCCGGAGAACGACUUGAAUCUCGUCAAGUACAUUACUCUGCAGUGUCACGCUGCCCAGGCCAUAAGGAAGUAUGGAAUUCGGUGCUCGGAAUUGCCGGCGACUCUUCACCGCUUCUUGGAAUAUCACAUGGACUAGGACGCGUGUCCGUCGGAGUUGCAAGUGGAGAGUGUGCUCCGCUGCGCGUCACACCGAUUGCGAGAUUACCGGGAGCUCGAGGUGGCUUUCAAGGUUCUCCCGAGAAAGUGAAACCCUGACGGUAUUAUUUACGAGUAUUUGUCGGGGGGUAUUUUCAAUUUCUUGUCGAACAAAUAAGGAUCCGUUUCGAGAAGGUCAAUUUUGGGGCGAAAUAUUUUUAUCACUGACCCUGAAUUAAAGUAACAUUAAACCAAUUGUAAAUAAUUCCUCGUGAUAUAUAAAUAAUUAGGGGAAGGUUGCAGCACUAAACCGUACGGUAAAAUUAGUUGAAGUUAGCGAAUAACACACCUAGGGUAUUAAUAUGGGAUAGAUAUUGAAAUCAUAUUUAAACGUGGUAUUGGCAAAUUUACUCCUGAAAUUGCCGUUCUUACGUCGAACAUCUUGAGAAAGAACGCAUUAAAUGUAAGUUUGGAAUUUUGGGACGUAUGAAUGCGUGCCAGCGAUUUAUGCACUGUCUUUAAACGCUAGCAGCGAGUGGGAAGAGAUUAGUUUAUUCCAUUUCUAACUAACGCGUUUGUUGUCUUUGUACAUUAUCAAAACUAUUCAUGGGAUCGGUUAAUAUGUCUCAAGCGUUCGAUCUUUUCAAAGUAAGCAGAAGUUAUCGUAAUUGUUUAUAUCUAAUAUUAAUUAAAUGAAUCGUAUCGAA